UGUGGCAAGCUCCUUCUAGUCCAGCUUGGUCAGCGACCUGGUCUCUGGUUUUUUCCUGCCCUGCCUGUCUGACACAGUGCGAUCUGGUUCAGGCCUUUGUCGUGGCAGAGAGAGGAGGCCAUGUCACUCCUCAACACCUCUGCCCAGAGACCAAGGCCUGUCCCACUGCAGAAAUGAGAGGCCGUGUUCAUGCCCAGCAACUACACCUGCACCCAGCGGCCAUGCACCUUCCAGUUUCUGUUUCCCUCUUUCAGUCCAGACCGUGUCAUCUGACCAUGAGGAUUUGGUGGCUUCUACUGGUUAUGGACGCAGGGAGCGUAUUCUCCCAGGACACCUGCCGGCAAGGGCACUCUGGCAUCCCUGGGAAUCCAGGUCACAAUGGCCUACCAGGAAGAGACGGACGAGACGGUGCCAAGGGUGACAAAGGAGACACAGGAGAACCAGGACAUCCCGGUGGGCCGGGGAAGGAUGGAAUUCGUGGAGAGAAAGGAGAACCAGGAGCAGAUGGAAGAGUUGAAGCAAAAGGCAUCAAAGGUGAUCCAGGCUCCAGAGGAUCUCCAGGGAAACAUGGCCCAAAGGGAUCCAUUGGUCCUACAGGAGAGCAAGGGCUGCCGGGAGAGACUGGCCCUCAGGGGCAGAAGGGGGAUAAAGGCGAGGUGGGCCCCACUGGACCGGAAGGACUAAUGGGCAGUACUGGGCCUUUGGGUCCCAAGGGCUUACCUGGCCCAGUGGGCCCUAUUGGCAAACCAGGUCCCAGGGGAGAAGCUGGACCCAUGGGCCCCCAGGGGGAGCCAGGAGUCAGGGGAAUGAGAGGCUGGAAAGGCGAUCGAGGAGAGAAGGGCAAAGUUGGUGAGGCUCCCAUGGUGCCCAAGAGUGCUUUCACUGUGGGGCUCACGGUGAUCAGUAAGUUCCCUCCCCCUGAUGCACCCAUUAAAUUCGAUAAGAUCCUAUACAAUGAACUGAACCAUUACAAUGUAGCGACGGGAAAAUUCACCUGCCACGUGGCGGGCGUCUAUUACUUUACCUACCACAUCACCGUGUUCUCCAGGAACGUGCAGGUAUCUUUGGUCAAAAAUGGGGUAAAAGUCCUGCACACCAAGGACGGUUACAUGAGCUCUGAGGACCAGGCGUCUGGUGGCAUCGUGCUGGAACUGAAGCUCGGGGACGAAGUGUGGAUGCAGGUGACAGGCGGAGAGAGGUUCACUGGCUUAUUUGCGGAUGAGGAUGACGAUACCACGUUCACCGGCUUCCUUCUGUUCAUCAGCUCUUGACACAAAGGACUCUGCACGUGGGCCUCAUGGAGGGCUCUGCAUGGGUGCCCACAGAACCAGCUUAGUGAGGAUAGGAUGCGACUACAUCCAUUCCUCCAGUUAUUGCAUCGAUCCUAAAGUGUACAUGACAAGUUAAUCCCGCAGAUUCCGUCAUUUGAACCCAUGAAUAAUAAACUAAGACUCACC